CAAAAAGAACACAGGAUUUUCCGUUCCUUUUACCGAUGUUCCUUAUCUACCUAUUUUAUCCUAUUCUCACGUCAAGUGACAGUUUCGUCAUGUGAAAGAGAUACGUGAUACGAUCGUCGUACUGUUCAAAAAUUGCUGUAGUAAUUCACAAAGGUAAUUUCAGAUCUGAAACUCUUGUUAAAUCUUGCGAGAAAAGUGCCAUGCUUUACAAAUCAUCACGAAAUUCGAUAAUUAUUAACAAUGUAAACGUGAGUUACGCUUCCACGUCUAACGCUAAGUGCUCGCGCAUGAGAGACAACUUGUUUUCCGUUUAAAACUCACGACCGAAGUAUUUCAGAUCAUGUGUUAAUGUUGAAAUUCUUAAUCCUAUCGAUUAUGUUGUUACGUUGGGAUUAUUCCUCGGCACGAAUCAUGUAUAGUUACGGAGGACAUUAAUAUCAAUUAUUGUUAAUGGAUUCGCGUGUGCGGUUACUGAAAAUCGGAUAAAGCCGUUUUAGUAAAUCUGCUCAGCGAAAACGUGAUCCACGUAUCAUCGUGACAUCAUGGAGAAGUUCGCAAUUGAUUUGGACAAGGUCCUCGAUGAUUUCGAAUUCAACGAAGACUGUGCAGAACAAGUAGCAUCGGUUGUAACUUCCACAAUUGAUGCUUCGGGUAUAGACAAGCGUACAACUGAAUCGUUACAUCCAAAAACAUACAAUUACGUUACUGUUAAUUCUGAGAAAGGAAAGGCAGCUGAUAGUAUACCAUCUUUUGAAAAAUACAAAGACACUCGGCCGAUAGAUGUCGAUUGUAGAUAUUCGUUGACUGAAAGGAACAUAAUGUCAGUAUCAGAAGGUAAAGAUUCUAUAAAUAAUUAUUAUACACAUGACCAUGUAGGUGAUAACAAGACUGGACAGAAAUUGUGUGUUCAUUCUCAUGAUUCCGAUCAAGCACCUUUAACAUUGUACAACGACAUAUCAUAUAACUUGCUGCAAAAACAACAAAAUGGAAAUAACGAUUCAAAGGAUGACAACAGAUACGACAAGAAGUUAAAUCAACCGAAUAUCAAACCUAGUAUUAGCAAUGUUUUUAAUAGUUUGAACGAAUAUAUCAACGCUCCCACUAGGAGCUUGGAUUAUGUUGAACCUAUGUUAGAUGAAACAAAUGAUCUGUCCAAAACGUCCAUAGAUAACAUAGAAGAGAAAGAUCUUAGACUGAGCAGAGAUAUAAUGAUUAGCAAAUGUUCAACUUCCAACGCAAAAGGGUUUGUAGGUACAACUAGUACAAAUACUUUGGAUUACAAAAAUACCUUACCGAUGGAAACAGGUAAAUUACUUGAGACGGAAACUAUUGAUGAGCAAGAUAAUACUAUACAAAAUGUUGUAUUUCAUUCUGCUCCGAUGCAGUGUGAGAAAAAUAGUAAUAACACUGUAAUCUCUGAAACAGCGAGUGCGGCCAGUUCGAAAUAUGCAUGUGAUAAUGUUACUGCAAAUACAGAGCUAUCUAACAAUAAUAAAAUAGGUGUUAAUGAAAAGUUCGCAACCAAUGACAGCAGAUCUGAUGAGAUUCUUGACGAAAGUCUUGCUGGUAAACAAGAGCAAUCAGAUACAGAGAGACAAGAUCUUGCUGAUAAACUCGGCUCUGGCGAAAAUAAGGAAAACAUAAUAGCGAGUACUACAAAGUUGGAUACGAAUGUAACGAACAACGCAGAAAAUGAGGUUGCGAAGAAAACGAUUAAAAAUGCUUCGACCGAUGUGCGCACAACGAUCAAUGCCAGCGACGACUUUUCCGAGGAGGAGCUAAAUCGCUAUUUAUUGGAGUUGGAGGAAGAGGAAAAGCUGAAGGAGGAAGCAACAUCACGCGCGGAUACCUCGUCGAUAAAAUCAUACAAUGAGUCGAACGACGAGACUAUGAAGAUCGUGUAUCAGCAUCAACGAGAUGACGAGGGGGGCGCAAAGGAAGCACCCAUGUUGGAGAAAAUUAUGAUUGGUGAACAUCCGAAAAUAUCAGAAGAAGAGCCUCUGGAGAAGGAAGCGAAGAAGUAUCCUGCGAUCGACUACAGCACAGGUGUGUCUAAUAGGAACGCGGUGGAUGUUUCUGCGGGAAGAAAAGACUCACAGGAACUUAAUGAUACCGUGAAGGUUGCCUCGGGUGAAAAACACAGUCAGUCAAAAGACAUGCGAGACAAUGAGCUGGGUAAAGCAGCGCAAAAUAAUGACGAUGUAACGACCAAAAUAGUUGGUCAGCACACGGAGACACAAGAAAAUGCUUCACGAGCUGCGUCGAGUGCGGCCGUUGCUGAGGAGAACGAAAUCCCGAUUUCGAAGCCGGAAAAUGUCGGUGAACAAUACAGUCACGGCGUAACUAUGAUACAGAAGUUACAACAGAAUGCCAGCGCAGAUACGCAAUCGCAAGACAACAAAGACGAUACUGGUGAGGAUAAGAGAGAAGCGGAAGACAAAGAAAUCCACGGUGAAAACGGAAUACACUGCAACAUUAUCGAGAACAACAAAGGAAAUGUCCCUGGAACACAUGAUAAGACUUUUAAGGCCGAAGUUGUAGCUAAAGUCACCGAUAUUAGUACAGUUUCCAGUACGGACGAGAACAGUCAAGAAGCUGGCAAACCCACUCGUCCUCAGACAUUAGAUAUUGUUUCGACGCAUAACAAAGAUGACUCCCAUACACUCGAAUCUUCGAGCGCUACACCGAGAGAAGCAGAACAUUCGGAAACCGGAGGCCCUGCUGACGAGGAUCGGGGUGCUUCAUCGGACGUAUCUGAUAAUUCUUUAAUGGAGUGCAACACGGUUCUGGGUAAACAGCCCCCGUUUUGGGUGCCGGACAGCGAUGCACCUUGCUGUAUGUUAUGCGAUGUUAGGUUUACUGUACUUAAAAGACGUCAUCAUUGCCGUGCUUGCGGUAAGGUGUUGUGUCACAAGUGUUGCAAUAUGAAAUAUAGAUUAGAAUACCAAGUAAACAUCGAUUCCCGUGUUUGCGUCCUGUGUCAUCACGUACUCACAAAAGCGGAGAACGAACAAGGAAUGGGCGACUGGUCAUCCAGUUAUAGCUCAUAUGCUGGCUGCAGUGACAUCAACUCCCCACAGGGGAGACAGCCUAAUCCAAAUAAUCCCAUGGAGUACUGUUCAACUAUACCACCCUUGCAACAGUUAGCCGGCGGUUUGCCACCACCACCGACGGUGAUGGUACCUGUGGGUGUUCUUAAGAGAGAGGGCUCCAAACAUCGUACAGAAGGGCAGAAAUCUGUAAUGUUUAGUGAUGGAAUAAGGCCUGGCUGUGACCUGACAGAGCUAGACACGUGUUGGGAUCUGAAGCCACCGUACCGUAAGCAGGGGAACAAGCGGAUCUUCGCGUCAGGAUCCACAUCGACCGAUGCUGCAACGAGGAAACAGAGUCAUCCUCCUUUAGAUAGCACGACCAACAGCUACAUACCGCACGAUUCUAAUUUAUUACCACCGACCGUCACGAUACACAAAGGCCAAAUCACCUAUCACCCGCUUAUGGAUGAGAAUGUGCUCUACAAGACGUUGAAGAAUGAAUGUGAGCCGCCCGUAAUGUUUGCGGUCAAUCGGAAUCUCUACGCAUAUGUGAAGAUUACCAAUCUGAACUGCUGCGUGAACAAGAUCUGCUGGAACGUAACGUCGAGAGGUCUCGCCUGCGUCGGCCAAGACGAAGUGAUAUUGUUGGUCGAGACUUUGCCGGAUGAAACGCGGAUCCCAAAGGAUCUACUCGUGUACAUCAAUCAGUUGUAUCUCGAAGCUAUUAAAGGUAACACAAUGACGGAACUCGGAUUCUCGGUAUAUCAAGGCGGUAAUUUGCUAGGUUCCCGCGAGCACACGGGCUUUCUUUUUAUUCGCCAGUCGCUACAGUGCUUGCAGAAGAUCAUCUUACCACCAGCGCCUUUUCUAGUCGGACUGUUAGUCCACAGAUGGGAAACUCCGUGGGCCAAGGUGUUCCCGUUGAGGCUUCUCUUGCGUCUCGGUGCGGAAUACCGUUAUUAUCCCUGUCCACUGGUGUCGGUUCGUUUUCGGGACGCGUUAUACUUCGAGAUUGGACAUACCGUCAUGAAAGUCUUGGCAGACUUUAGAAACUUCGGUUACACAUUACCCGGAGUCAAGGGCUUGACAAUCCAUCUCAAGAAUCGUACGACGGACGUCAUGUUUCCCAGAAACCGAUAUGACCAAGUCAUAAAGGGCCUCCACAACUCGAAUGAUCAUGUUUUAGCUUACGCCUCGAACUUCAGUAUAUCCGCGGACUCUCACUUGGUUUGCAUACAAACAAACACCGGCGACGAAAGCAAUUAUCAGACGCAAGCGAUAAAUAUUCACAACAAACCGAGAACGGUAACCGGCGCCAGUUUUAUUGUCAUCAACGGUGCACUGAAAUCCUCGAUGGGCCUCUCCGCCAAAUCUAGUAUCGUAGAAGACGGAUUAAUGGUAGAAAUAAUGCCGGAAAAGAUGGAGGCAUUGAAAGCCGCUUUGAAAAAUAUGCAGGAUUUUUCAAUCGGCUGCGGACGACAGGGAGCGUCGGAGCCAGAUGAGACUGUAAAUAUCAAAUGGGUCGAUAACGAUACGCUGUUCAAUCUGGGAGUCAAAAGCCCCAUCGACGGACAACUGAUGGAUGGUAUACCGUCUAUCAGAGUACACAAUGGCACCGAUUACAAGGGUACAACUCGAUUUAUACGCUGGACAGAAGUAUUUCUUAUAAAAUCAGACGAUCAUUCGAACGGUGUGAGCGAUCCUGUGGAUGUCAGUAAACUAUCUGGAAAUAUAGCGAAAGCGACCUGCGCCGCGUUGGUCAAAUUGUUGGAUCUUCUGGCAACAGCCGGUCUAACGAAGCUCGGUGUGCGGGCCACAAUUCAUCCGGAUAACGUGGGUUACGAGGCCGGAAGCGAGGGUACAAAAUUGCCGCCAAUCUACAUGAACAGCUUAGACAAUGAAUUGAUUCAAGUUUUACACAAGGCCGCGCAGAACAGUCAAGACGAGCAUACGGUGCUCGAGUUGAUAUUCUACGUACUCGACGAUUGAGGAGAAUAGCGUGCAUACUAUGUUUCUUGACUAGAAGAUGCCCCUUGCGGAGCUACAACGGGUAACUUUUAUUUGAAGAAAGGCGAAAAGUGCGAUUGCGGAUCAUCAUGGAACGACGUUUACACGAAGCAUACAUUAUCUAUUCGCUGUACGCUUUUUCCUGUAACCGAGGAUAUUAUUUUUAGUUUCUAUUUCUCAAUGCUACUUUUUCAUCGCGUACUCGUGAUAUUUUUAAUUCUAUUGAAGAAUUCAACGAUACGAUUUGCGUGAGAAGUACCUUUUCCAAAUGUUGUAGAUCGAGAAAUGCCGGAAGGAAGCAUAAUAAUGACACUUUAAGAGUGACAAUUUUAUAAUAAAUAGACUUUUAUUCAACAUUGUAACUAAUUGGACUGCUCUACCACGGAACGUUAUUUAUUGCCAAAGACGUGCGCGCAGGAUACGCUAUAUUCUUUAUUAAUGUAAAUAUACUUAUCCUCUUUCUCGAUUAUUUUGUAAAGUAUACACAGGAACUAUCAUGUUUCACCACAAUAUGACCUGAAGUGGCACUUUCAUAGGAACUCUUUACAGAUACUAACAACAAUGACAAUUGUUAGACAACCACGGUAGCUAGAUCGCGGUGGAAUUCGCUGUACGAACGUAACGGCAAAUGCGUCCUGUGUGCUUAUUCUGUAACUUUCAACGACAACAUCGUUAUCGUUGAACGUUGUUGCGCAAUUAUUAUGUUACGUGUUAUAUCUGCGCGACGAUAACGUAAUGUAUAUGAUCACAACGCGUAAGUUAAGAAAAUUACAGAAUAGGUCUGCUGUUCGCUUAUGCAAUUCUGUUAAUUGAUACAUGUAUUUGUUUACUAACAAUAUUUUAUAUAUACAUAUAUAGCAAAUUUCUCGAACGUACAACAGCUUGUGUAAGACAGUACUGUAAUGUAAUUAUUAUUGUAUUUAUUGUUGUAUAAUAAAACUGUUAGAUAAAAUUAAUAUAAUGACAAGACGAUCUUGUUACUUAAACUCUAACUGAACGAUGAAGUAU